UGACGGUGAAAUGGUUUGGAUGGCUGUUUAUCUUGGGGGAGGAUUCCACUUAUAAAUAGCGGAGAACAUCAACUGUCUUUAGUUGAGCAUUGAUCAAAAUAAGGGAAGAAAGCAAGUUUCAAUGAUGGGGCAAGCACAAGAGAAGGAGACGACAGAGCAGGUUUCAAAGAUGCAACCAUCAGCAUCGCCAGAGACAGUGGCAGAGCAACAGGGUUUGCAACUCAUGAAGCCAUCGGAAAGACUGUUCCAGUAUGCCAUGAAAGACCAGUGGCACGAUGUGGUGAAGGUCUACAGGGAGAAUCCUGAGAGCCGGAAGGCCAAGAUUACAGAAGCUGAAGACACUGCUUUGCACUUAGCAGUCUCAGGUGGAAAGCAAGAAUUCGUGUAUCAAUUGGUGGACAUCCUUGAAGAAAAUGCUUGGGAUGUUUUGAACGCCAAGAAUAAGAGAGGGAAUACACCACUUCACACAGCAGCAGCACUAGGAAACGCACACAUGUGCCAAUGUAUGGCCUCAAAAUAUUUUAAGCUCAUUGCUGAAAAAAACGAACGGAAUGAAACCCCAAUUUUCUUGGCAGCUAAGUAUGGCCAUAAAAAUGCUUUCUUUUGCCUCUAUUUUUGUUACCCCCAAGGAAACCGCUCGGAUUUUUGCAGCAGAGAUGCAAGGGGUAAUACCAUUCUUCAUGCUGCCAUUGUUGGAGAACACUUUGAUUUGGCAUUUCAAAUCCUAUGCGAAUAUCCAGAUCUUGUGAACGCUAUCAAUGAAAAUGGUUCAUCUCCUCUCCAUGUUCUAGCCACGAAGACUAAUGCAUUUAAGAGUGGUAGUCGUCUUGGACUGUUCGAUUCGAUCCUCUACAGCUGUAUCAUAGUGGAUAAGAUGAAGGAGAAAACAUAUGACAGUAACGAUUACCAGAAAAAGUUUGAAGAAAAUGAAAGUGAUUGCUUUCCACCAACCUACGAAACCUGCGUGCGCUUCUUCGGAAUGUUUCUGGGUGUGGUUUGUUUUGGCAUGCCAAAAACAUGUUCUUUUAGAAGUACAAGUAGCUUGCUUUCAUGCAUUAAUCACAAGAAGAAGGAGAAGAAGGGCAACAGCAAUCGUGACGAAGAGAAUCCUCAAGGGACGAGCAAACUAACUUAUCAAGGUACAAGCCCAGAGCCGGAGGAAGAGCAUAGAGCAGACUAUGUUCCAGAGAAUUAUACCACAUUUAUACAAUUUUUCAAAUUUGUGACGAAAUUCGUGAUGGUUGUUCUGGGACUUGGCUUUCAAAGGAUAAAGAAGAUAACAACAAAGAAGCAGAGACACACAUGGGCUUCUCAGGUCAUGGAUAAGUUGAUUGAGAAUGCUUCUACGUAUAAGUAUUCUGGAGGACAGACUGGCACUAGCAUUGACGGAACGACUGAAGAAUUUCCACCUAAUCCAAGCCUAACGAGUGCAUCUCAUCAGGAUACAAAUACAGGCAAUGGUUCCAAAUCUGAAACCUUAGGCAAACAAGGGGAAUGUCAUAAUGAAACAGGUUCCUCAAAAAUGGAAGGGAAUGAUGCACCGGUGGAGAAAUAUCUUGGAGAAUACCAUAUUACAGGAACUGUGGAUUCAAAGACUUCAAAGCACGCCGUGCAGAUGAAACUUGAAACAAAAGCUGCUGUUGAAUCUACAAAACAGAAGACACCUAUUCUAACAGCAGCAAGUAAAGGCAUAACCGAAAUGGUGGAAAAAAUUUUAGAUAAAUUUCCAGUUGCUAUCCAGGACGUGGAUACUGAAAACAAAAAUGUCAUGCUCUUAGCCGUAGAGAACAGACAAACUCAUACUUUCCAAUUUCUUGUGGAAAGGAAAGGUUUACAUGAAAGUGUUUUUCGACAACGGGACAACCAAGGAAACAAUGCAUUGCAUCUUGCUGCAACCUAUGGAAAUUAUCGACCCUGGCUGAUUCCAGGAUCCGCAUUGCAGAUGCAAUGGGAAAUCAAAUGGUACAAGUUUGUCAAGAAAUCCCUGGCAAAACAUCUUCUUGGUCAUUACAACAAUAAGGAUCAAACUCCAAAGCAAAUCUUUACAGAAACACACAAAACCCUUGUCAAAGAUGGCAGUGAAUGGCUCACCAAAACCUCUGAAUCAUGCUCUCUUAUUGCUGCACUCAUUGCAACAGUAGCAUUUGCCACAGCAGCAAACAUUCCAGGUGGUGUCAGUCAUGGUAAACCAGUUCUAAGAGAUGAGCCUGCAUUUGAUGUCUUUGCCAUCUCAUCUCUUGUAGCUCUAUGCUUCUCUGUUACAGCCUUAGUCUUUUUCCUGGCAAUUCUCACCUCUCGAUUCGAAGAGAAGGAUUUUGCCAAUAAACUGCCAAGGAAACUUAUAUGGGGUUUAACAUCACUAUUUACAUCUAUAGCUGCUAUGCUGGUCUCCUUUUGUGCAGGGCAUUUCUUUGAACUGAGAGAUGAGUUAAAGUCUGCAGCAUUUCCAAUAUACACAGCAACAUGCUUGCCUAUUUCCUUCUUUGCUCUCGCACAACUACCGCUCUACUUCGAUCUUUUAUGGGCUAUCUGCCAAAGAGUGCCACAACGCAGCUAUAAGGAAUUUGCUUCGUAAUCAUCUACUGGCCUUCUAUGCUGUAUAAUAUCUGCCAUGGUGUUCAAGUAAUUAUAUUUUUGUAAGAUACAUAGGAUUGGUUUUGUGUGAAAGUGGUUGCUAUUGUGUUUUCCAAUGAUCGAUCUGCCUCAGACAUCAGUGUUA